GCCUCCCCGGGACACCCCGCGGGGCCAGGAUGCGCGGACGGGACGCGUGCCGCUGCCUGCUGCUCCUGGGCGCCGCGCUGCUGGCCGAGGGCGCGCAGCUCAACUCCAUCAAGUCCUCCCUGGGCGGGGACACGCCUGCCCAGGCCGCCAAUCGCUCUGCUGGCAUCUACCAAGGACUGGCUUUCGGCGGCAGCAAGAAGGGCAAACACCUGGGCCAGGCCUACCCAUGCAGCAGCGACAAAGAAUGUGAAGUUGGGAGGUAUUGCCACAGCCCCCACCAGGGCCCAUCGGCCUGCAUGGUGUGUCGGAGGAGGAAGAAGCGCUGUCACAGGGACGGCAUGUGCUGUCCUGGCACCCGCUGCAACAAUGGCAUCUGCAUCCCGGUCACUGAGAGCAUCCUAACUGCUCACAUCCCAGCUCUGGAUGGCAGUCGGCACAGAGAUAGGAACCACGGCCAUUAUUCAAACCACGACUUGGGGUGGCAGAACCUCGGAAGAACACUCACUAAGAUAUCGCAUAUCAAAGGACACGAAGGCGACCCCUGCCUACGCUCCUCAGACUGCAUCGAGGGAUUCUGCUGUGCUCGUCAUUUCUGGACCAAAAUCUGCAAGCCUGUGCUCCAUCAAGGCGAGGUCUGCACCAAACAGCGCAAGAAGGGCUCCCACGGGCUGGAAAUCUUCCAGCGGUGUGACUGUGCUAAAGGCCUGUCCUGUAAAGUGUGGAAAGAUGCCACCUACUCCUCCAAAGCCAGGCUCCAUGUGUGCCAGAAAAUCUGAGCACCUCUG